UCAUAUUUCAUCCAGAAGACGGAGCGCAUGGAUCCGGGCUUAUACGCAUUACUACCACCGCCGUCCUGGAUGCUGCACUGACGGAGACUGGAGGCUGUAGCUACUCCACCCCCACAAUUAUAACACACCGUGCAUUAUAUCGAAAGCUGACACAGUGACAGUUUGAACUAAGAAGACAAAGCCGAAUUACAGAGCAGGAGCUGCUGUUUGGCGUAUACUGUACCCGGUGCAGACAGCGCGGAGGAGAUGGAGCGGUGGAAAGGCAGAGUGGCCCUGGUGACCGGAGCUUCGGUGGGGAUUGGAGCGGCUGUAGCCCGGGCACUGGUCCAGCAAGGCAUGCGGGUUGUCGGCUGUGCCAGGAAUGUCGACAAAAUAGAGAAACUGUCAGCGGAGUGUCAGAGCGCAGGCUACAGUGGCACGCUGAUCCCUUACAAAUGCGACCUGUCCAACGAGGAGGAGAUCCUGUCCAUGUUUUCAGCCAUCAAGACGCAGCACAAGGGCGUGGACGUAUGCAUCAACAAUGCUGGGCUGGCCCACAAUGAACCCUUGCUCAGCGGCAAGACAGAGGGCUGGAGAAACAUGAUCGAUGUGAAUGUCUUAGCCUUGUCUAUCUGCACCCGUGAGGCGUACAAAUCAAUGAAGGAGAGGAAUGUGGAUGAUGGUCACAUCAUCAAUAUAAACAGUAUGGGUGGGCAUCGAAUGGUGCCAAGUGCUGACGAGCAUUUCUACUGUGCCACAAAAUACGCUGUGACUGCUCUGACUGAGGGGAUCCGGCAAGAACUACGAGAAGCAAACACCCACAUCAGAGCCACGUGUAUAUCACCUGGAAUAGUGGAGACUGAGUUUGCCUUCCGGCACCACAACAGUGAUCCAGAGAAAGCAGCUUCAGUGUAUGAGAGUAUAAAAUGUUUGAAAGCAGAAGACAUAGCCAGUGCAAUCACAUAUGUCCUCAGUGCCCCUCCUCAUGUCCAGAUCGGAGAUGUGCAGAUGAGGCCAGUAGAGCAGGUGUCAUAGCAGUGAAUCAGGGACCGCUGCAGGAGGAGCAGACAGACAUCAGCCACGGUGACUCCUUAGCGACCUCUGCUGGGCAAAGAGGGGUGGGGAGGGGUGGGGGAUAAAAACAAAUCAACUACAGCUGUGUUGGAUCUGGAGGGAUGUGGUCAAGGAGCCCUAAAGGAGGCUGUGCGAGGAAAUGAAGGGCGUGGACUUUGUAAAACCACUAUUAAAAUACUACUGAAUGCAGCAACCUGGUUUUUGUGAAAUGUUGAGCCCAGUCCCGAGCUGAGCUGACUCUAAACCACAGUAGGAACAAAUAACAAAGGAGGGAGUUUCUGUUGUGCUGUGUGGUCAUCUGCACGACCAUCACUUCAGAGGGAAGAGUAUGCCAUUGAUUGCACAUGUUUUUUGUUUGUUUGUUGUUUUUUUUUUUUCUUUCUUUCUUUGUAGGUCAUAUUACAUAUCUUUUUGAAAUUAAAUGGAAAGAGUAAUUGCUGUUUAUAAGAUUAAGAUUUGUUUUGUUUUAAUUUUUUAUAAAUAUUUUAACUUUGGAUCAUAGAUAGAUGUGCUCUCAUACACACUAAUCAUAGACAACACUGUGUCGUACUCACUGUACCUAACAGUCUGUCCACCCUGCCACCUUUACUUAUUGUAUGUUUUCACAAACACACCCAGUUACCUUUUGUUUGGAUCUCUCCACUAUUUCAAGCCCAUAUAAGGAGUCAGGAAAGGUAUAAAACACAAAAAGUAGAUAAAACUCUUUCUGUUGAAUACGUUUUUUGUGUAAUUUCAGUUCAGCACUUUGCAUUAAUUUGCGAGGAGUUAGAAGAAGGAAACACUGGUAACUUAUGUAGGGGGAAGAAACUAACUCCAUGCACAUGUAUACCCUAGAAACAUGUACCUUUCAGUGGAAAUCUCAUUAAAUGAAUAAAUAAAUAAAUGCUGUU